UGUUUAUUCUGUUGAGAGGUCGGUGUCUCCAGACAACACAGCUGACACAUUCUGUAGCUUCCCAUAAGGUGUUUGUCUCUCGGCUCUUCUCCUCUCCUCUUCCCUCCCUCCCUCAGGCGCAUAUUUGAGCAUUUUGCGCCACCUUGUGAGUGAACUGCCGCCCCUGCAGGGCCAACGUAGCAUCUCUCACAAAAUGGUGUCAAUAAUUUGUACUCUUCGACACCACACGGACGAGCUUAGCUGCUGUGCCUUCUCUCCAUCCCUGCUGGCCACCUGCUCCGUCGAUAAAACUCUACGCGUCUACAACACAGCUGACUUCUCGGAGCUUCCUUACUCUCCUCUCUCGGGCCACGGCUACGGGGUUCACUGCUGUCGCUUCAGCAACUGUGGCAGCCACCUGCUCAGCUGCUCCACAGACGGCUCCGUCAUCGUGUGGAGCUCGGACACAGGCGAGGCGACGGCGGUGUUGCAACACCCGGGCCGCAGUCCACUCCGAGUGUGUGCCCUGGCACCGGACUCCUCCCUCCUGCUGGCAGGGGCCUGUGAUGGCACCGUGGCCCUCUGGGACUUCCCCUCAAAGACAUUACGCAGAUGCAGCACAGUGAGCGAGGCCAGCGUUGUGGCUUGCUGCUUUUCUCCUUGUGGCCAGUUUUUCGUGACCGGCUGCACCCACGGAGACCUUAAGCUGUGGGACGUGGACGUCAGCCUCCUGCAUGCUGAGAAGGAUGCCCACGACCUGGGAGUCACCUGCUGCAGCUCUGCACCCCAGUUCAGAGUUGAUGGCUGCUGUGUGGAGUUUCGACUGGCCUCCUGUGGACAGGACAGCCAGCUGAAAAUAUGGAUUGUUUCCCAGCGUGAAGGAGCAGCCUAUGCCAUGAAGCUCCUUCACACCCUCACCAGCCAUUCGGCUCCAGUUCUGUCUUGC